GGACUCACAGUCACCCGGAACUUGGGUAACAAACCUGGUUAGUGCAUAUUGACAACCCCGGUUAGUGCAGGUGAAGGUCCGAUGCAAGCUGCCCCACUGGGCCAGAGCUGUGCAAUGUGCGUCAGGGUGUGCCGCCCCAUUGAUCGUGCUCAAGCCUCAAGGCAGCAGGGCACAAUGCUGCUCCUUCCAGCCGCUAGAGAAUCGGAGGAUUUAGGUAGCGCAGAGCGGUACUGGGUGGAGGGUCCAAAUUUGAAAGGGCUUCAAUCUGACAUGAGUCUCAUGCUUCACAAGAAUCACUUCGCAGUCCUGAGGUAGAACCUAAAAGUGAGCUGCUUGCAUACACAAGAUGGCCAGCUUUCGGAAGCGGGGUGCUGUCGCCCUUGCAUUGGACCCGCUGCCCUUCAAGAAGCUGCGCCACAUCACAGCGGAGGGGGGUGAAGAGGCCAGCAAGGAGCCUACUCGCGAUGAGCAGUUGGGCGCCUUGCUUGGGCGCCUCCCCUUCCAGGCCGAUGGCGCCACCCUUCCUGCGGCCCUGGGGGGCGCUGCCGGCGGGGCGGCGGAGAAUGCGGGACGGCAGCAGUGGAUGCGCGAGCUGGGGGAGCAGCUGGCAGCCGCCCAAGAAGAGCUCAACAUCAUGCUGGAUGUCAUUCACCAGGUGGAGGCCGGCACGCUGGUGACCGUGGAGAAUGUGCAGCGGCCCAAGCCCACGCUGGCGGAGCACAAGGACGAUGUGGCCAAAAGGGUGGGGAUGAAGCAGGCUGCCACGCAGAGCGCGCAUGAGCGGCUACAGGCGGUGGCGCAGCGCAUCAAGAGCACGGUGGACACGGACCAGGCCUUCUACGACGACCUGCGCAGACUGCAAGCAGACUGGAAGGUGAAGCGCCUCGUCUCCCAUGGUCGCGUGCGCUUUCUGGUGGACCUCUCCUUGCCCCCCCCCAUGCGCGGCGCCCCGCCCGUCUCGAGUCGUCUCCGGAGCAGCCUCCCCGAGCGAGAGCAGGCUGCGGCGCAGGUCGAGCUGACACGUGGCAAGGACGGCCACGUGGCAGCGGUGCCAGAAGCACACCGCCCGCAGUGGGAAUUUGUGGUGCAAAUACAUGAACAGGGGGGGCACAUACAACGGGAGUCAGAGGCAACGGGGGCCAGUGAGCAUGACGGACCUGAUGUUGCCAUGAUUGACGUCAAGGAAGGUGGUGAGGCCUUCGUUGGCGAGAAGGCCGAAACCGCUGUUUCGAACCUUGGUCGGGGACGCGAGGCGGGGCCAAGUCAAGGGGCAAAUAUUGAGGAAGUGCAUGUGAGGCUGCGGCGGCUGCAGGCGAGCCUGAUUGCGGAGGGGGUGUUCGACUCUCAUCUGGGCGAGGCCGUGGCGCACCCCCCCUCGGGGGCCCUGGUAGUGCGCGCCAGUACUAGUGAGCUGGAGCUCAGCCUGGCACACGGCCAGCGGCUGCGCUUGUAUCUGCGGCGAACGCCGAGAGGGGGGGUCGAAGAACAUGGCCGGGCAGGGGAGGGGAAAGCAGCAGAGGCACGCGCUUUCCUGAUGGAGCACUUCAUCGAAGUCAGGUACGGGGGCCAGAAGCGGGGCAGGUCAGGAACGGAAGAAGAAGAGAAGAAGCAACGGCGGGGGGGUGACCAUGGGGGCAGUGGCAGUGCGGAGGCGGAGGGGGGCCUGGCGCGGCUGUGCCGGGCACUGCAGCAGGAGCAUGCGUGGAGCAUCAUCCAGCGACAGGUGGAGAAAGCGGUGCGCGCUAUCCCUGGUGCGCACACCACGGCGUGCCUCCCUUCGCUGUUCCGGUCGCCGCCAGCGGAGUGGUGGCUGGCCGUCCACGUGGCAGGCCGGGAGGUGGUCACUGUGCUGGACGACGGGACGCGGUGCCAGAUUCGCGGGCAGGGCGCGCCGCACCACGGCGACAUCAACGCUGCCUACAUAACGGCCUACGUCCAAGAUGAGAUCGCCCGGUAUCAAAUCCGGCAAGUCUGCACGGCUGCCCUGGAGCGACACCUUGCGGCGGAGCUGCGCGGCCUGCUCACUGUGGUCCUGGUGGCAGCCCUCGACGACGAACACGAACGGACGGGAUGGGCCUCGCUGCGGCGCGCGCUAGUACCAGAAAACGGCUCCAAAAUCGAUGCUGACGUCGAAAAGGCAGAGUUGUGGGUCACGGCGAGUCCCGCAUCGUCCGAUGGGGGGAUCGGAUGGCAGGUGACGUACAAAGCGCAGCGGAAGGGGUGGCGCGGCAAGAGGGAGGGGGUCAAGGGCCACGACGUGCCGCUUGAGGUCGUGAAAAAGAUGGGCGGUGAGGGCAAGCUGGGGGAGUUCCUGACGUGGCUCACGGGUGUGAUUUCAACAGGUCAAUAACCUGCAAGCUGAAAUGUACAGAGAUCAAAGCAUACAGAGGCUCUCCAUGCCGACCAGCUCAAAAAGUCAACACAGAGCGCGCCGAUAUACACUGGAUGUAACCAGGUCAUACUACGGCAACACUGGCCUCGAGUCGGUCAAUCUGCCUCUGCCACACCGGAUUUAGGGCUGAUGUACAAUGGCUACUUUCAAAUAUCGGGUUGUGCCCCAGAUUGACUACAGUAGUUUGGCAUCCUCCCCCUCCCAAUCCAGUUCAACUCAGUCCUCCCUCUACUAUCAUUUUAUGUCGAUCAGGGAUUAUUUUUGGUGAGUUCGGCAGAUGGGGAUACCCGCACUGUUCUCUUUCAUUCGAGGCCCUUAUACGGACACAUCUUAAAGAAGAUACGGCGAACUCGUAAGUUCAAGGGGCGAAUGGUUGGCCCAAACCUCACGAGUUCUACACAAAAACGUUCUUCUGGGACAGAUGGGGCCAUCAUAUGUCGUCUGGCGUCC